AUGGUCCUCCCUGAGGCGGAGGUGGAGGACGAGGACGACGUGCCGCUGGUGCGGCGACCAAGAGCGCCGGUGGUAGGAGCACCCGGCGGGAGUUCAUCUCUCGCGGGUCCUGCUGCCGCAGCGUCCCCGGCUGCGUCGGCAGCGCCGAUGGCAGCGGCUACCUCUGCAACGGCCGCAGGCACCUCGGCGGCUUCCGCGGCAACUGGGGCUGUGGCAACUCCACGAGGGUCCGCGGUUCCGCCCAAGCGGGGAAUUUUCACGGGCUACUCGCUCAAGCUCAACCCCCCAAGGGACGGUGCUCCGGCGGGAGCCGGCAAGAGGGGGAUAACCGACACUGCACCCGCUGCGCCAAGUAAGAAGCCCUGCACCCGGGCCAGUGCUAGUGCCAGUCAGACCAGCACGAGGACCAGCGGCGCCGACACUACGCCUGCCGCCAACCCGGUCCUAGAGGAGGAGGAGCCCGCCGCAGCGCGCGAGAAGGCCGACAAGGAGUAUGAGGACGUGCUGGCAACAACUCAAGCUCGCCUCAACGAGAAUAGCGAGCUGGUCAGCGGCUACUCCUCCCAACUCCAAGCGUUGCGCGGGAAGCUGGAGGAGCAGGCCAAGGCUGCGGAGGACGUGGCAGCAGAGGCGUUGGCACGGCGAGAGACGGAGCUGCGGGAGCAGUUCCGGACCCGGGAGCGCGAACUCGUGGAGGAGCUCAAUUCUGCUAAGGAAAGGAGCACCAAUCUCGAGUCCGAGCUGACCACCGCCCAGGGCGAGCUCAUCAAGACUGGCGAGGACAAUGUGGGCAACGCUAAGGAGAUCGUGCGGCUGUCGGAACUUCUCCGGAAGGCCAAUCUCGCGGUGGUGUCCUCGCGCAGCAACCACGAUAAGCUGGCGGAGCAGCGGCGGAGGGAGACUGAGAAGCUGCUUGAAAUUGCCCAGGCCUUCUACUUGGUACUUGUUCUUGAAAUUGACUCGCGAGGUGGACCUUCCUGUCCUCGUGUGUUAUGA